GAAUGGGAGCAGGUCAUGGAACUGGAGGGGCACAGUGUGGCAAGAGCAAACAGUGGGGGUGUGUGAGGGGCCAUGGGGGGUGUCAAGAGAGUAUGAAAGGACUUGAAGCCGGCCUGGAGGCAGCAAGGGGCUUGGGGUGUGGGGCACAGAAGGAUUUCAGGCAGGGUGCAAGGUUUGAGUGGGGGAUUGCAGGCUGUGGGCAUAGGUGGCUGUUUGUGCCCCCUUCCGGGCAGUGGAGCCGUUGUGGUGGCUGGAGCUGGGGCUGUGACAUCACAGCAGUGCUGGGGUUGGGGGAGCCAUAUCCUGCAUUCUGACAUCCAUGGUACUGGGGUUUAGAGGCCAUGUCCUGUGCUGGAUGCCUGCUUCAGUCCCCAGCAGGACAGGGGAAUAGGACACCCCACUUGGCACAGAGGAGGAAGAGCCACCCACAGCUCCCCUCACCCUCAGGCUACCAUGGGACAAUGUGACACAGAGAGCAGCACUGCAGGGACACAGCCCCCCAGCCAGGGACAGCACUUGAGCAGGGUACACUCCAGGCACCCCACGGCCCAGCAGGCUGGGGACAAGGGCACAGUGGGGCACCCUGGGACUGUGCAGUGCCGCUGGGACACUGGCACAAGGCUCAGCAAGUCGGAGGCUGCCCUUUCAAGGCCCCAGAGCUCAGGCAGGCAGAGGCAGGCAGGGCACUCUGCAGCCACCACCACCAGCCGCCAGGUUGGCUGCCAGCGCUCGCUUAACCUUGAGCAGCUCAAGAAGGCCAAGCUGCAUGUGGAGAUGGCCAUUAAGGAGAAGAAGAUCUUCAUGGUGCAGGGCCCCUACCCCAUCAUCCGCCACCUGCUGCGAGCCCGGGGCUGGGUGGAGAGGAAGCUCCCCAGCAUGGGCAGACAGCUGGAGCAGCACCGUGGUGACCAAAACAAGCAGCGGCUGAAGACGAGGCCACGUAAUGGUGGUGGUGGGCAGGGGGAGGCACUGCUGAACCCAUGUGGUGGGGCACAGCCUUUUCUGGGGACCACAGACCCCCUGCACUAUGCAUGGCCACCUGCUGAGGAGGAGGAAGAGAAGGAGGAAGAGCAGUGUGAUGAGGACCCCAAUGGCAUCCAUGACCUCAUGUCCUACCUGGUGCGGGACCGGUUGCCAAAUUUCAUCUGGACCAACUUCCUUGAGGCCACUGACCAUGAGCUGCUGCAGCAGGACCACGUGGUGAACCACUAUGCCCGAGUGGAUGCCUUCACCACCAAGGAGGGGCUGUGCCUCAGCCUACAAAACCUGCCGUGGAUUGAGCAAGCCGACCCCAACACCUUCUUCCCCCGGUGCUACCGGCUGGGGACCACGGAUGAGCAAGAAGCUUUCAUUGAGGAUUUCCGCUUGACAGCAGCACGCAGCCUGCUCAAACUGGCUCUGGAGGAGGCUGGGGACAGGCCAGUGAGGACUAAGCAGGUCUCAAACUCUGCCAAGAGGGCAGCACCGGCAGGCUUCCCCCUGUACACUGAGCUGGUGGAGGAGGCCUUGGAGGUCUGUAAGCAGCACUUGGGUGUUCUACGACAUCACGACAUUGACAGGGGCACCCCGUCCCCCUGCAGGACAUGCAUUGACUGGGACCGCUUCCUGCAGGAAUACUACCAUGUGGCACAUGAGGGGGCAGGGCUGGUGCUGACCAGGCAGCAGCGGAAGCAGUGCCAGAACCUUCUGCGGCACUUGGCAGAGCAGCUGCCCCAGCUUGGCAUGGAGGGCAAGCUCAACAUCUGGAUCCUCAAGCCUGGUGCAGAAUCCCAAGGCAGGGGCAUUGUCUGCACGACACGGCUGGAAGAGGUACUGCAGCUGGCACGGGGCUUCACAGCACCCUCGGUGCAGGUGGGCAGGUGGGUGGUGCAGAAGUAUGUGGAGCGGCUGCUGACCAUCUUCGGCACCAAAUUCGACAUCCGUCAAUGGUUUGUUGUGACUGACUGGAAGCCACUGACCGUCUGGUUCUACCGAGACUGCUACCUGCGCUUCUGCUCCUGGCCCUUUUCCCUGUGUCACCUGGAGCGUGCCAGGCACCUCUGCAACGUCUCCGUCCAGAAGUGGUACAAGACAUCACCAGACCAGGACCCCCGUGUGCCCCCUGACAAAAUCUGGUCAAACAAGCAGUUCCAGGAAUACCUGGAACAGCUGGGGCAAGCAGAUGCUUGGCACCAGGUACUGGUGCCCGGCAUGAAGGCGGCGAUCCUGAAUGCCCUGCGCAGUGCUCAGGACCAGGUGGGCUUCCGCAAGGGCAGCUUCGAGCUCUAUGGGGCUGACUUUCUUGUCGGGGAGGACUGCCAGCCCUGGCUGCUGGAGAUCAACUCCUGCCCCACCAUGAGACCCUCCUCAGCAGUGACCCGACGGCUCUGUGCCAACGUCCAGCGGGACAUACUGCGCCUUGUGCUCGACCGCAAGAACAACCCCACCUGUUCCAUUGGAGCAUUUGAGCUCAUCUACAAGGAGGUAGGCUGGGGGGAUGGGGGGCAGACACCCCCCAGGCACCCCGAGCCCCCACUCCCUGCUGUCUCCCUGCAGGCAGCUGUGCCCAAGCCUCUGUCAGCACGUGUGAAGCUGAUGGUCAAAGGCUGCUCCCUGAAGAAGCCCCAGCCAGCACAGCAGCAAGCCCAGGACAAGCCCCCUACCGCUGCGGCCAAUGCUCUCCAGCACCCGGUGUCCCCACAGGCCAGAGCCACCCAUGUACCCAAGAGAGCACAGCAUCAGUUCCUCACCACUCUGCCUUGUGCCCCCAAGUUCCCCAUGUCAACAAGGGUCAGAACCACGCAGGUGCGCCGGAGAGCUGAGCAUCCAUCUCCCACCAAGGUGCCCAGUGCCUCCAAGCCACCUGUGUCCCCAGGGGGCAAAACCACCCAGGUGCCCCAGCCCAGAGCACCAAUAGGGAAGCUGCCUUCUCUGGAGCAAUGGAGCCACGGCCCUCUCCCCAGCUCUGACCCCCCAGCACCGUCAAAGGCUUGGGCCUCCUCUGCUGGGAGCCAGCGGCUGCCGUGGCUCAGUCACCUGCCUGGGCAGCCCCAGGCUGCACAGCCCCGGAUCAAUGGCUGUCCCCUGAACUGGGUGCCUGUGCCACCACCCCGAGGAACCCCCAGCAACCACUGGCCAUGCUAGGGCUGUGCCCGCUGCUUCCCUCCUGCCAAGCCCCUGAGACAACCUCUGUCUGUGCAGAGCACCAGGAGCCUGUGCCUGAAGCAGAAGCACACAGCAGCUCCCAGCGGGAUGCAGAAGACCUGGGACACUGAGACACCCCCAGGAGAGGACAACACCCUGUCUGUCCUUGCUGGGCCAACACCACAGUACCCAGCUACCUCUCAUCCCAAAGAGCUCCCACUGCUGUGUCGUGGAACCCACCUCCUCCCCCAUGCACGUUUUAAAAUAAUUCUGUGAUAAGGA